UUUCCAUUCAUUGUUGAAAUCCAACUUGGGAACCCAACUGACAAUUCCUCAUUGCCAGAAAUCAAAGCGCUGAUAGGGUCAGGGACUUGGGGCGGCUAACAUGGGUCCAAGCCCAAAGAACAAACAGUGAACAAAAUAAAAAUACAUAUGUAAACAACAUCAUCAAGCAGGUCUGUUCAACUAGCCAUGUCUGCAGAAGAGCAAAAACGCCUAAUAGCUUAUAAUCGGAUGAGGGAAUCCAACUGCUGGCUGGAAACCAAGCUUGAAUCAACCUGGCUCAGACCUCAGAGGAGACAUUUUCCACAGUCGAACCGUUCUUCAAUGGAAAAUUAUAUAGUAGAUAAACAUGAAUACAUUAGUGGGAGGACCUCUUGGAUAAGGAUAACUCCUCCUCAGAAUAGAGAAAAAAGGCAUUUUCCAGAAAAAGACCAUGCUAUCUUUGGCUGAUCUGUUCCUCAGAAACUGUUUCUUUUGGAGUACUGAACAGCUGAAUGAAGAAUAUUGUUGUCAAGUUCUUCCUUCUUUCAUUAAACUCUACAUGGUUUGAAGAUA